UUUCUGCUAACAAUCCUGUUCAUGUCACCACCAACAAUAAUAACAAUCAAAAACCCAAAGAUCUUGAUGAUCUUGAUGAUACUGAUAAUGAGGGUCCUACUAACAAUCCCAAUCACAAUCACAAUCAUAAACGUCUCACCAUCAGCAAAAUA